AUGCAAAUUCACGGCCUUUGUUUUAUGCUUGAACAAAAAGUAAAUCCGAUCCCUUUACAAAAUGUUGUCAUUGAGGCCAACAUUGUUGAUAUGAUCGCUGAAGUUGCUAUAAUCCAGACUUAUAAGAUUGCUGAAAAGAAUACCAUUGAAGCCUUUUAUAAGUUUCCUAUUAAUGAAGCUAUAACUGUUUGCGGAUUUGAAGCGGAAAUUGAUGGACGAAGUAAAGUAAAGGGUUUUGUCAGAGAGGAAAAUGAGAAUGUCGAUCAAUACACUGAAGAAGCCAGGCAAGGGCAUGGUGCUUAUUUGAUAGAAUCCGGAUCAAAUGAAGUAUUUCAAUGCUUUGUUGGACAUAUUUCAAUUGGACAAACUGUGGUCAUAAGAAUUACAUACGUUGCAGAACUUAAGCAAGAUUCCGAAUCUGAAAAAAUUCGAUUCGUUCUUCCAAACUUUAUCGCGAUGAGAUAUGGCUACAAUGAUGAGAAAAUUAUUAACACCGAUGCUGACGUUAAUUAUUUAGAUCUGAAAAUUACUUGUCAAAUGGCUUCAAUUAUUCAACAUAUUGAAUCGCCUUCAUAUAAAAUUUCUACCGAAAUGAGUAUUGAUGGAAAUCCUAAAAUUUUCAAAAUCACUUUAGAUGAACAGAUUACUUAUUUAGAAAAAGAUUUCAUUCUUGUGUUUAAGAGUGAAGAUCUUGACCAAUCAAGAGCUUUCGUUGAAUACAAUCCUGAAACAGAAACAAACUGUGUUAUGUUAACUUUGGUUCCGAAAUCCACGUUAAAUACAACAGAGUUAAUAUUCGUUAUCGAUAGAUCAGGAUCAAUGAGUGACGGACCUAUGAAGAGAGCUGCGCAAGCACUUGAAUUAUUAUUACGUUCUCUUCCUGAAGAUUGUUACUUUAACAUAAUAUCGUUUGGAUCUCGUUAUGACUCUCUUUUUCCAAAAAGUCAACUCUAUUCCGAAACGAAUCUGUCUAAAGCACUUAAUCUUGCUCAAACGAUGACCUCAAAUUACGGUGGAACAGAAAUUUUCAGGGUAUUAAAUUGGGCAUUUGAAAAUUCAAGGAAUGAUAUGCCAACUUCUGUAUUUCUUAUUACAGACGAUGAAGUUCGGAAAAUUGAUCAAUAUACAAGUGAAAAUGAAGAAAAGAUGAAUGAUGAUUUACGUCUUUUUGCAUUAGGAAUUGUUCAUUCCGUUCCACAUAAUUUAAUUGAAUCUAUUGCUCGCGCUGGUAAAGGAUAUGCUCAAUUCGUAACGAAUAAUGAAAGAAUGGAUAAAAAGGCUAUCGAAAUGUUGAAAAACGCGGUAAAAUCACCGAUCAAAAUUACUUGGACUGACGCAGAUGCCUCGGAAUCAACAGAAAAAGAAGGAUCCGAAGUAGAAUCACCGCCACCACAAUUGAGUAAUAUCUUUACUGAUAUUAAGAUUCAACAGGCUCCAUAUUUCAUUCCGCCACUUCGUAAUGGUGAACGAUUUGUUGUUUAUUGCAUGUUGGAAAAAAGCAUAGAACCAUGUAAAGUUAUCACUUUAAAUGGCUCUAUGAAACUUGAUAUUUCUUUGGAUCCUGCUACUUUACAAGGUUCGAAGAUUCAUAAAUUAGCGGCAAGGAAACUUAUUCAAGAUCUCGAGAAUGGAGAGUCAUUUCUUCAUAGGCAUCCUAAAAAUGUUGGUAAACAUAUUAUAAAUUCAUUAACUAAAGAAUAUAUUGUUAAUCUUGUUAGGACUUUUAACUUAGUUUCAAAGCAUACUGGAUUUAUCGCAAUUGACAAUAAAGUUUUAUCUAGAGCUCAAAUAAUUUCACAAAAAAGAGAAAUUACUCACUCAUCCGUAAAUUCAGAAUCGAAAAUCGAAGACUUAUUUGAAUUUUUGGGAUUGCAAUCAUUUGAUGGUUUAUUCUUACCAACUAAAUCAUUUUAUGAUUUUUUUAUUAAAAAGAAAUUAAAUGAUUUCGCUAAAUUAAAGCGAGAAAUUGAAAAGGAAAUCGGGGAGGUUAAAGAAAUUGAACAAAUAUUAACUACUAGCAUUGCUAUAGCUUAUCUGGAAGUUGCCAUGUUUGAAAAUUUUAAGGAUGAGUGUAAGAUGUGUCAUGAAAAAGCUGUAAAUGCUUUGAAGAAAAUUGUGGGAGAAGAGAAAGAAAAAAUUAUCCUUGGGAAAGCCAAAGAGUGGAUUAAAUUUCGGUUAAAUGACAGUGUUGGAUGGGUGUGUCGUAUAACUAGGUUUAUGCCCGUGGCUAUCUGCGGCUUAUUUAUCAUUGGCCUUCUUCUCAGGCGAGGCGUUAAACAAGCAACAUUCAUUACAAGUUUGAAAAAUCCCGGAAGAGGCUAA